AUGGAAAUGCAAUCGGAGAGCGACGAAGAUGCACGGCCGGGCCGGGGGAAGAUUCUGCAGCGGCACAAGCGCGAGAUUAAGGCCUUGCAGGAACAAAAAAAAAGAUCGAAGCAGGCCACUCGGCGGCAUUUGUUCACCGAGCUCCAACUUCGGAUCACAAGUCAUACGGUGUAUUCGGCCACUCAUGACGACAUUGCAUCCUUCUUUCAAGUUCUGUAA